AACGCUCCGCUUGUUGCCAACUUCAAGUCACUGUCAGUCAUUUUUUCGGUGCGAUUUGAUGGUUGUUGGUUUGCGGCUGAAAUUAUCGUUAAAAAUCUUCGUCAUCGGUAGUUAAUUUACAAAGUGACAUUAUGAGUUCUGGUAUGCCCGAAUUGGGCUCCAAGAUAAGCCUAAUAUCGAAAGCUGAUAUCCGUUAUGAAGGCCGACUCUUCACCGUCGAUCCUCAGGAAUGUACCAUCGCUUUGGCUAGCGUGAGAUCAUUUGGCACUGAGGACCGUGAGACUCAGUAUCCAGUGGCACCUCAGAGCCAAGUGUACGAUUACAUCUUAUUCAGAGGCUCUGACAUCAAGGAUAUUCAAAUUCUCAAGAAUGUACCUUCUUUGCCAAAUGACCCGGCAAUCGUGCAGAUGUCAGUCCCGCCCUCGCUCGGCAGUGGGGGACAGGGGCAGUAUGCGGGGCAAUACAAUCAUCCAGUGGUGGGGCAAACUCAAUACCCCCAGUAUCACCCCAUGGCUGGCUUUCCCGGAAGUGUGCACCCUCAACUCAACAAGACGAGUGAGUUAUCCCCACAAACAUCAGUGGACCUGACCCAUCAGCCCCAACCUGUGACAGCACCGAUUGGAUCUGGAGUGGUACACCACACCAACCAAGUGAAAGACCAAGGUUCAAUGCUGGACUUGAUUGGAGGAGGCUCUCAGCAGAGCACAUCUCGUUCUGGCACUCCGGCUGCCGUGGGCCACAGGAAGAGCCCUACUGCUGACCAAGGCACUCAGGCUGGAUCUGGUGCAAGUGGUUCGGGCCAACGCGACAGCCGUCGCACCAGUACCGGCAGCGGCAAUAAGGCGCCGGGCACUCAAGCCCGCGCGCGGCCGACGUCCCGCAACCGUCAACGCGCGACCAGCGGCUCCAUGCCGGCCCAGCCGCAUCAGAACCAAAACCAGAACCAACACCCUCAUCAGAAUCAACACCAGAACCAGCACCCUCACCAGAAUCAACACCCCCACCAGAACCAACACCCCCACCAGAAUCAACACCCCCAGAACCAGCAUCAACAGCAGAAUCAGCAUCCUCACCAGAAUCAACACCCGCAUCAUAAUCACCAGCCCGGUGAGCGUGUAGAAAUGCAAAACUACAAUCGCGGAGGCUGGAGGGGACGCUCGCGCGGGCGCGGGCGCGGCUUCGUGCCUCGCAGCAAGAACACUCUGAAGUUUGAGAAUGACUAUGACUUCGAGCAGGCCAAUACUGAGUUUGAGGAGCUGCGCACCCAACUCGCCAAGGCCAAGAUAUCCGACGGCGAAGUUGCUAAACCUGAGGAUGCGACAACUGAAAAUUUCCCGGGUGAAGUGGACAAGAAGGAUGACUCUGGCAACGAGACGGGCGCAGGUGAAGCGGAACUAGAGGAUGACGGCUUCAUGGGAUAUGACAAGAAGAAGAGCUUCUUUGACAACAUCUCUUGCGAGGCUGUGGAGAGGUCAAAGGGCCGCAGCCAGCGGACGGAUUGGCGGACGGAGCGCAAGCUGAACUCGGAGACGUUCGGCGUGGCGUCGGCGCGGCGCGGCGCGUGGCGUCCGCGCGCCACGUGGCGCCACCCGCCCGCGCACCACAACCCGCACAUGAUGCCGCACCACCCUAUGUCUUACUUCCCCAGCUGGCGGCCGAUGCGCGCGCGCGGGCGCGGCGCCGCCAACAACAACAACAUGCGCCGCAACAACGCCGCCGCGCCGCAGCCGCAGCCGCAGCCCGCCUCAGCCGCAGUAGGAGAUAAGUGACAAGAGAAGAAAAGUGAAUCUUAAUUUAUUAUUGCAAAGACUAAUCACAAAUGGAUAAGUGUAUGCCAGUGAUAAAAAGUUUGUAAUUAUUAAUUGUUUAAAUCUGUAACGUGGGAAGAAUUAACUUGGAAAGGAAUUCAGUGAAGGACAUUGCUUUGGUGUGAUAGUGUUUGUAUCCAAUAUAUGGAAGGUGAUAGAUGGAAAUUCCCCGCUGAACCGGAUGUGUUUUCUUCGUCCAGAAGAUAAGUGUACAGUAGGUGGGCUUUGACAACCUCUCGACGAUAUCACGUAUACAUGUACAACGCUACAAUAGAUCUAAUAUAAUAAUUGUUGACACUUUUACAGGGGGGAGGACCUUGCCUAGCAGUGCAAGUAUUUUGGAGACUAAAUUUCUUUGUUUUCUAUGAUAUCCAUUAGCUUAUAAGUUCUGCAUCUAUUAAUCAUCCUCAAUAGCUCAACGGUUAAGGAGUGGACUGAAUUCCUUAAGAUCGGUGGUUCAACCCCCAUCUGUUGCACUAGUGUAUUAUGGUACCUACUCCUAGCACAAGCUAAACGCUUAAUAUGAGGCCAAAGGGGGAUAACAAAUUGUAAUAUGAAUUACAUAUAACCAAUUCUUAUAGGAAUGUCUAUUUUUAUAAACAUUCAUGACUUGAAUUGGCUGCAUAUAUUUCCACAAAUCUAGUGUGUGCGUACAUUUUAAAAAUAAAAUUACUAAGUUUAAGAUUGACAAACACACUCGAUUUUGCUAGCAAAGUUGAUGGCAUUUGUUCAGUAAUAUGAAAGAAAGUUGACAUUAUUAAAUUAGAUCUAUUUUAGGCUAAAUUCUGUGAUAAGGGUUGUCGAAAGUUGGUCAUAUAAUUGUUGCCUUUUAUUAAAAACGAUUAGGAAGCCCCUGCGGUUGUAUUAAAAAAUCUUUAUUUAUAUGAAAUUUCAUUACAUCCCUACGAAUCUUAUAUUUUCCUAGCUUCCUCACGCCUACUAUGUGCAUUUGUGCCUAUUAAGAUAAAUUAACAAGAAUUAGAUUUUUAAAACAUUUUUCUUUUGUUUUGUUUCCAAUGUGUCAUUGUGCUUGCUAUUAUUGUGGUUCUCCAUUUCAUGAUGAUUCAUAAAUCGUUGGUAAUCGACGCACUUUUAGGGUUGACUGAUGAUGGGCAGAGCCGAUUUUCUCACGUUCCAUCUUAUUGAAACGGCGAGAAUUAUUAUUUGUCAUAGUUGCUCCGUAUUUUGCACGACCGAUUUUAAGUGGGCCCGUGCGUUUAGAAAAAUAUGGUUAAAUACUAUUAUUUUCAUUGUCUCGAGUGGAUUAUGGAAUCUGUUGUUUGAGGUAGGCCUUAUAUAAUGGCAAGCAAUGACACAAGGGACGGUGUAGCAGCAGUCCUACUAAAUAGAGAAUAAAGAGCUUAUGGGAAUACUAUUGAGCGAGUUGGUUUAUUUCUGCCAGGGGGGGUAUCCGUUCCACAUCGAAUUUAAAUGCUCUUACACACUACAGAUUUUUUAUCGCACGAUGGGUUUCUUAAUUUAAGUUACGCGUUUAAACUAAAAAAACGACUGCCAAUGACAUUUUUAUCAUAUAAAUCAAGCAUACUUGCUUAUAAAACAAUUUUUCUACAUAAGUCAUAGUAUUACAAAAUUAAAAAUAUAUUGAAUCAAAAUAUAUUUACAGCUAUGACAUUACAAUAUAGCGAAAAUUCAGUCCUAUUUUCUGUUUGAACGCGUUAUAAUUUAGUCUUAGGGAAGUGCGCAAAUGCAAUAAAUUUUAAUCUAGUAAUAGAAAAGAUAAUAUCCUGAAUUUAUUAAUUUUAUUUUAUUAAUUGGAGAAAUAUUAAGUCUGUAGUGUGCGGGCGCUGCAUAUUUGUGAAACUGCUCAACGUGUUUCAGCUCUAAAUUAUACAAAAAUUGUCUUAUUGUGAUUUUAUUGACUGUCAUUGUUUGUUGUUAGUUGUAGACGAAUGAAAUGUUACAGUAGGACUGCUGGUGUGGAUCCUCUGGCGGCCGGAGCGUUCAGAUUGUAGAAUGAAGAUUUGUUGAUAUUUGUAUAGGAUAGAGGCUGCUAUGGGGAUUUUGGCUAGGGGUGGUAAUUGCGCAACCCAAUCGCGAUUACAAUCGCCUAUAGAACUCAAAGACCUUUUCAUUUACAAAAUGGUCCAUUAAAAGAAAAUUUGCUAAGGAAAGAUUCGUUUUUAAACAAAAAGCCGACGGAAGCGAGGAUUCUUACGCAUCUACAUAAAAACUGACCGAAAGACUACUAAGCCGAAACUUAAGCAGAUGGGUCCAGGGAUUUAGACACAACGCCAAUAUAAUCAAUGUUGUGGCGUUUAGCUAUAGUGAAAGAUUACUAGCGCAAAAUACCAAAUAAGUAUAACGCAAAUUCAAAAUUCGGAAAUUGAAAUGUUGUUCUUAAAUAUUAAUUGCAAGGUUCUCUUGUAUUUUAAGAGUCUGUAUCCUUACAAGUUAAAAGCCACUUAUUAUAUAUAUUUUUAAUAGUUUAGUUUUGUAAUUUUUUGUUAAAAAUAUUACUAUCAUAGAGAUUCGCUAUUCGCGAAUAUUAUUAUUUUUUGUGUGAGGCCCUGCCUCCUGAUGGUGAUAUUGCAUUAUGCUUUGGCAUUCUUCGUACCGUUUGUUUGAUUUUGCGUUGUGCGUCUAAACUGGUCUAGAAACGUGAAAUUUUGCAUAAGAGUUCCUUAUAUAACAUAGAAUCACGAAGAAAAGGUUUUCGAAAAUUGUAUCGCCACCCAUCCCAUCAAAAGGGGUUUGAAUAUUUUAGUAUGGAGUCUGGCCUACCUACAUUCCCGCCAUUUUCUUUUUUUUAAAUUCAAAAUAUCGGCCACACAGGACAACCGCAUUAAUCUUGGAAAAAAGAAAUAUGGCGGACUAUUAGGAAGGCCAAAGUCUACAAAGCCCUUUAAAAUUUCCCUUCGAUUCGCUGCUAAUGUUAAUCGACCCUAAGGAGGUUAAGUAUAUGAUGGGGAUUAACGAUUAAAACCCCCCUUGUAAAAGUUCAUUUAAAUAAAAAUCUUUCUAUUUUUUAUUUCUAUGAUAAAUUCAAUUUCAUUCAUCAUUUGUAUAUAAAAUCAUGUAUUCUGUCUUGCUCACUCGUGGAUAACAAUACGCCUAGACUGUAGUGCGUUUCACUUAACUUCUGUUAAGAAACUUCGCUUCAAAAAUUGAUUUGGAAGCCAGGGUUACUGUUUCGGGUUGCGCGAUUACUCCCGCAUUGAUCUGCAGCGAUGUGGGUGGUUGAUCAAUGAUCACACAAAUUGUAGUGUAUUUGUUGAAAAGGGACUCGAUAUCUCAUAGAGUUAACUGUGGACAUUGUAAUGUACAUUUUAAUUCGAAUCACUAAACGUCCCGUGUUUAGAAAUAAUGUGUGGAUAUUUAAAGUAAACUUUUGACAAAUACGAUAAUAUAUUUGUAAAAUCUGUGAACUCAAAAAACAGUACCUGGCAAUUGUAUUAAAUCUAAAAUAUACGUUUACUACGAAUCUUCCA